CAACUAAUUCCAGAUUUAGGCAGCCACACUUUGCCAAAUCAUCUUUUUUCCUAAUUCUGACUUUUCCCAUGGCGAGUAUCUUGGCUUCAACCCACAACCUAUUUUCUUGCCUCCGGGAACUACCCUCUCCGGGAAGCCGCUCCGUCGUAUUCUGCCGCUAUCUGGACCCCUGCGGCAGACGAAUACGAUCGAUUCCCAUUCGAGCUUCCCAACUUCCCGACAAGGCAGGUGGUGAUGGAGGCAUUUCAGCUUCAGCUAAAAGAUACCAUUUUGGGAACGAAUUGCUCAACUUUGCUUCAGAUAAUUUCUUGCCUCUAGCUCUUGUUAGUGGAGUGGGACUGGGCUUUGCAAACCCAACUCUAGGCUGUCUUGCAGACAAAUACUCUCUUUCAAGGUUCAGCACCUGUGGGAUAUUUAUUAUAUCAGGGCUGACUUUACGUACUGAAGCGAUAGGUGCUGCUGUUAAAGGAUGGCGUCUCGGAGUUUUCGGGCUAGUGUCUAUUUUGUUGCUCACUCCGUCCUUCUCAAGGCUAAUUAUGCUGGUCCAACUCCAACCUCAGGAACUUGUUACAGGGCUGGGUAUAUUUUGCUGUAUGCCAACCACCUUAUCAAGUGGUGUUGCCCUUACUCACCUUGCUGGGGGAAAUUCUGCUCUUGCUCUUGCGAUGACUGUAGCAUCCAACUUAUUAGGAAUUUUAACUAUUCCGUUUUGGGUAUCAAGAUACAUAGCCGGAGGAGUAGGGGUUUCUUUUCCUACUGACCAACUUUUCAGAAGUCUUAUAGUUACUCUGUUAAUUCCUUUAAUCAUUGGCAAGGUUAUUCGAGAAUCAUCCAAAGGUUUCGCAAACUAUAUUGACAACAAUCGUAAACUCUUUUCGAAAAUCAACGCAAUCUGCCUCAGUUUGGUACCAUGGAUCCAAGUGAGCAGGUCAAGAUCACUGCUACUAUCCGUGAAGCCUAAGGUUUUUCUUGCCGCCGUUGGCAUUGGAAUAUUGCUGCAUCUUUCUCUACUAGCAUUCAAUGCUAUUUCAAUUCGCAUACUCUCAGUUGCUUCAGGUGAUGGUAGGAACUCCAAGGAAAACGCCACAGCAGUCUUGCUCGUUGCAAGCCAGAAAACAUUACCGGUAAUGGUGGCGGUUGUGGAACAAUUACGAGGUGCAUUUGGUGAAUCAGGGCUUUUGGUUCUUCCUUGUGUAGCUGCACACUUAAACCAGAUCAUGAUCGAUUCAAUUCUUGUCAACUUAUGGCUCCGGACUGGUAAUGCGGCUUCAACUGAUGUAAAGACAGCCUGAGAGAGAGAGAGAUGGAAGCAAUGAAACCAAAUGUUGACAUACACCAUUUUGCAUUCUUAAUUAUCACAUAUUUACAGUGUAUUUUUUUUUUUUUGUUAAUCAAUAAUAUAUGUUAACAUAUCGGUUUUUUAUGGUUUGAAAAAAUAUUCAU